CAGAGACCCGGAAGCCUGCCGGGCGGCCGUGGGAGGGCGCGCGUCCUGGCGGAGAUGCGAUCAUGGGCCGCACGUGUGUCCGCACGCCGCGGCCGCCGCUGCGUUCCCCCGUCCUGGACACGGUCACCUGAGAGCAGGCGGCCCCUGGCGCGGAGCCGACCGCGGCUCCGAGAGGCCCUCCUCUGGUUUGCCUGAGCUCCGGCCUUGGCCGGCCUGGGAGCUUCGCAGUUGGCCACACCGGCCUUUUCCGUGCCGGUGACUGGCCUUAUUCGAAGGAGGUGUUCGGUGGACGUUAGGGGACCGAGAGGGGCUCCUGUGAGGGACCGAAGUUUCCGUCCCCAUAGCCCUGUCCUCGUUGAAAAGAGAUUGCGUCAGAGCCCCUGCACCCCAGAAACGAUUCAGGCCUUCAGGCGUCUCAGGCAGCCGAAAUCUCUGCCGAGAGGCGACAAUCCGACCGAAGAGCUCCUACUGCUCUAACUAGAACUUUAGGGCAAAAAUCGCAAAGCCAAGGGAGACGGGCACAUCUUAGAGCUGCUGGGGGCAGUGGGAUUUUCUUACCCUCACGGAUUCCCGGGGGGUGCUUGGCCUAUUUGGUCCAAAGCCCAGUAAAGAGAGGUGAGGGAGGUGCAGCGAGGAGAGACAGGAAAGGCACCCCAGGAGAGGGUGUGUGAAGGUAGCAGGAGCUGAUUAACAUUUUUCCUGCAGUCUUGCUGGACUAGUUAGUCUGUGUCCUGCAAAGUGGACUUGAUUUUCAUGGUUAUUUCGCUUUCCCUAACUCUCCCUUUCCAGGCAUCUGUCCUUCCUGAGAGGAGGAAAUGACCAAGUUCCAGGGACUUGAAGCCUUCUCUAGUCCACCCUCAUCCCUCUUCCUCAGACACAGUGGAGACCAUGACCUUGAGAGGAGAACCUGGGAGGAAACAGCCACUUCUCCUCUGGAACCAGUAACAUUCAAAAUGGAUGUCUCUGUGGACUUCGCCAAAGAGAAGUGGGGUUGCUAGACCCUGCUCAGAGGAAGCUGCAAACAGCUGUGAUGCUGGAGAACUACAACCACUUGGUCUCAGUAGGGGACAUCUUUGCUGACUGGGCUUGGGAUGGAUCUAAUGAGAGUCCAGAUGGAGACUUGAAUGAAAAUUCUGUGGAGAAUCAAGAGAAAGGAUUUACAUUAUCUAUUACCUGAAGAGCUUUCCUGCUGACAAAUUUUGGAAAACAUGGCCAGUGCAAUAACUGGGAGUCAGGAUUAAAUUGUGAAUCUUCAAGGGGAGGUGUACAGGAACCCUGAACUGGAUCUUUCCACUUGCCAAAAGUGGGGAAAAGCAUCUUCUCGUAUUUCCAGACACAAGAGCAGUGUGGUGACUCCUCAGAGUGAUGAUUUAAAAAACAUGGAGAGUGAAGAAUAUUUAUCUUUGAAAGUCCCAAGCCAAAUGGCCGCAGAGGACUCCUCAGUGAUGUUCUGUAAGAAUGAGCCCCAGGAUCCUCAGGAAAGCAAAAGUCUGUUUGUAACUGAAGAAAGCUCUGAGAGGAAACUGACAGAGGGAAAAAGUCCUCCCAUCGACCACUGUUCAGAGAACCUUCAAAAUAAACGUGUGUCUGAUGUAAAAGAAGUGGUCUCGCCAUCAUUCAGAGGCGAGACAAUUUGCCAGAUUGGCCAGUUGAAAGAAUCCUUGGAUCCCUUUGACUGUAACCGCAAAGACAUUUGCGGUUGGAAAUCACGGGUGGUCAGUCAUAGUCAUCAGAGUGCUCAUACAGAGGAGAAGCCCUGUAGCCCUUAUAACUGUGGGAAAAUACAUACCACCAGCCCAGGUGGUCACCCAGGCGAGAAAAUCCACACUGCAGAGAAACUAUACAGAUGUAGUCAGUGCGGUAGGGACUUCAGUGAGCGCUCAGAGCUAGUCCUUCAUCAGAGGGACCACACAGAAGAAAAGCCCUACAGAUGUGAUCAGUGCGGGAAGGGCUUCACGAGAAGCUCGAGUCUCCUCAUCCACCGUGAAGUCCACGCAGAUGAGAAGCCUUAUAAGUGUGACAAGUGUGGGAAGGGCUUCACGAGGAGUUCAAGUCUGCUCAUUCAUCACUCAGUCCACACAGGCGAGAAGCCUUACAAAUGUGACAAGUGCGGGAAGGGCUUUACUCAGAGCUCCAAACUGCACAUCCACCAUCGAGUGCACACCGGCGAGAAGCCCUAUGAGUGUGGGGAGUGUGGUAUGAGCUUCAGUCAGCGCUCCAACCUGCACAUCCACCAGCGCAUCCACACGGGGGAGAGGCCCUACAAGUGUGGAGAGUGUGGGAAGGGCUUCAGUCAGAGUUCAAACCUUCACAUCCACCGGUGCUCACACACGGGGGAGAAGCCUUAUCAGUGCUACGAGUGUGGAAAGGGCUUCAGCCAGAGCUCAGACCUCCGCAUCCACCUCAGAGUCCACACUGGAGAGAAGCCCUAUCACUGUGGCAAGUGCGGGAAGGGAUUCAGCCAGAGCUCCAAACUCCUCAUUCACCAGAGAGUCCACACUGGAGAGAAGCCCUACGAGUGCAGCAAGUGUGGGAAGGGCUUCAGCCAGAGCUCCAACCUCCACAUCCACCAGCGAGUCCACAGGAAAGAUCCCCAUUAAAUGAGGUCUUCAAUCACAUGCUCAUACUCUUGAGACUUAAAUAUUUUUAACAU